AUGAGUGCCGUUUUCGCAGGGCCCGAUCAUGCACAACUCGUUAUCAAUAAGACGCAGGCGCCCAAAGAUCUCCUGCCGACCGAUCAGCUGAAGUUCGGCGCCUCGUUCACCGAUCACAUCCUUUCUGUAGCAUGGGACUCAACCCAUGGAUGGGGCAUUCCGAAGCUGGAGCCAUACAAGGCGCUCUCUCUCGACCCAGCAGCAGCUGUGUUCCACUAUGCCUUUUGCUGCUUUGAGGGCAUGAAGGCCUACAAGGACGCCAAGGGAAAUGUGCGACUCUUUCGACCUGAGAAGAAUAUUCGCCGGCUCAACACAUCAGCCCAGCGCAUUGCGUUGCCGGCUUUUGAUGAAGCCGAAGUGCUGAAGCUGCUGGCCAAGUUUACGGAAAUCGAGAGUCGCUGGAUUCCAGAAGGCCGAGGCUUUGCAUUAUACAUCCGACCGACACUGAUUGGCACGGAGCCUGACCUUAGUGUGUCGCGGCCACAAUCCGCCUUGUUGUAUAUCAUUGCAAGCCCCGUGGGAAACUACUUUGGGACCAGUGGCAUGAAAGCUAUUUCACUCGAAGCCAUCUCUACGCCAGUGCGCGCGUGGCCCGGAGGCGUGGGCGACAAGAAGGUUGGCGGCAACUAUGCGCCGACGAUCGUCGCUGCAGAGCAGUCCCAUGCGCGCGGCUUUCAACAGGUGCUUUGGCUCCUGGGCGAUCCUAAGGUGCCAGAACAACAGUACAUCACUGAGGUGGGCACGAUGAACUUGUUUGUUGCGUGGAUUGACCACGAGUCAAACACCAAAGAGUUGGUCACUGCACCUCUUGAUGGCACGAUUCUACCGGGCAUCACACGCGAUUCGGUGCUUGAACUUGCACAGGAGCGGCUAGUCCCUCAAGGCUGGCGUGUGACUGAGAAGCGAGUGUACAUGACUGAGAUCAAAGAAGCGGCCGAGCAAGGCCGUUUACUAGAGGUGUUUGGCGCAGGCACUGCCCUCAUAGUGAAUCCCAUUCGGUCCAUCUCUUGGAACGGACAGGUGAUUCAUUGUGGGCUCAAAAAAGACCAGGAAGUUGGAGAUAUCACAUCCUCUAUGAAAGAUUGGAUUGAAGAUAUUCAAUACGGCGAGACGGAGCAUGCGUGGAGUGUUGUGGUUUGA